AUGGAGAAGGAAUUGGUGGAGCUCUUUGAGAGGGUGAAGAAAGCUGCGGAUGCGGCCGCCGUUGAAGUUGAAGCUGAUUCGUCGGCGGCGGAGGACCGGUGUGUCGACGCCCUCAAGCGGCUCAAGGGGCUUCCUAUUAAUUAUGACGUUCUCGUCUCAACCCAGGUUGGGAAACGUCUCAGGCAACUGACUAAGCAUCCAAGGAAGAGGAUCCAGUCUUUGGCGUCCGACGUGGUUGAGAUAUGGAAGGGUAUCAUUGUUAAAGAAACAACAAAAAAUAAAAAGAAUGGGGCCAUUGAAAAUCAGGGUUCGUUUAAAAGGGAACGAGCUGGUGGAGACUCUGGAGAAGAAAAGAAGGUUCAAAGAGUAAAUUCCAUCAAAGUGGAGGAUUCUGUAAAGUGUGAGCCUGUUCGUGCUGAGUAUGAUGAUAAGAAGAAGAUCCAGAAAGUGAGCUCAGUGAAGGUUGAGAGGAAUGAACACUCUUAUUUGUCAAACUCUGAGAAAAUGGUAAAAGUCGAAACUUCAUCCUCCACUCAAAUAAAAGUUGAGAAUGGUGCUACUGUCAAGGCUGAAAAGAGUUAUUCUUCAGGGCAUGUCAAAGUUGAAAGUAUAAAGAAGGAAGAUAAGUUAUACUCUGAUUCUAAGAAGCCUGCUGCAGUUCCUGUUGGUCCACCAAAGCUGACUUCUCUGCCUUAUACCAAGGACAAAAACAGAGACAAAAUAAGGGAGCUUCUUGCAGAGGCCUUGGGCAAGGUGGCUGGUGAAGUUUAUGAUGACCUGAGGGAGUCAGUCGAUGCAUGUGAUCCUCUGCGUGUGGCUACAGAAGUGGAAUCGGCAUUGUUUGCCAAGUGGGGUUUAUUUAAUGGAGCCCAGAAGGUGAGAUAUAGGUCCAUCAUGUUCAAUAUCAAGGACCCAAAUAACCCGGAUUUCCGCAGGAAAGUCCUCCUUGGGCAGUUUCCUCCCAAGGCCAUCACUGACUUGAGCCCCGAAGACAUGGCAAGUGAUGAAAGGCAAAAGCAGAAUGAGAAAAUUAAGGAGAAAGCAUUGUUUGAAUGCGAACGUGGAGCUCCGGUGCAGGCAAGUACAGAUCAGUUCCAGUGCACGAGAUGCAAGAAAAAGGAGACUACUUAUUACCAGAUGCAGACACGUAGUGCUGAUGAACCAAUGACUACGUAUGUAACGUGUGUGAACUGCGGCAACCGCUGGAAGUUCUGUUAG